AAAGAAUGGAUCCGGACUUGCUCCUGCCCUCCACCUCCAUCUCCCUGCCACAGUUCCACUUUGCAGUCACACACGGCUCAGUAGCAGGUGUUUUCGACAAUUAUGCCACUCGCUCAGCAGCAGCAGCAGCAGCAACCGCAAAUCAGAGUGAUCGUCAGGUUGCCCUACAACCGACCCGAUGAACCAAUCCCAGACCCUCCACGAAUAGAAUGGAACGCUGAGAAAGAGCACUUUCUUUGGGAGGUUAUCGCCAAGUCCAGAGUUGUCGAAGGCGCGGGAACAGAUUGGAAAGGGCUGGCUAACCACCUACAAGUUCCUUUACCAUACCUUCUAUAUCGCGCUCAGGUCCGUUAUGAGGAAGACUUACGCGGCCUUCGUACAGCACUCAGUCCAACUUCACCUACGCCACAAGAACCUGUUCCUCCUAGACCUGCGAGCCCUCCCGGAUCAAACAAUGCUGGCGGAGAGUACUUCCCCAGAUUACCUACUACUGAGAAACACCCUUCUGGACGCAGAGACUCCUUCCGUUCCUCCAACGGCGGUCCCAUGGCCGCCUCAUCCUCUGCACGGCCCUUAACUAUCCGCACGCGGCUCAACUCUCUGCGGUCCGUCAGCUCGCCACAGAAAGUCACAUCUUCUUCCGUCCUCACACUCCAAGGCCCGAAGCGCGCUUUUCCCGCGCUACGGCCCCUUUCACCAACGUCCUCUCGACCUUCUCCUUCGUCGCCCUCAUCAGGCGCUGAUGGGGGUUCUGAAGGAGAGGAGGAAGAGGAGUUGCACAAGCUUGAGGAGGAAGAAAGGCGCAUCGAGGAGCAGGAAGCUCUGGAGAGAAAGCUCAAAAAUCUCGAGCUGAAGAUGACUCGCGACGCCCUAGGUCUCGUAUCUUCGCCUACUCGACCGCCAUUUGCUAGACGGGACAUCGACCGGAAACGCCUUCGACUGUCGUCUGAGUCCGGCAUAUCCUCCGGUAUCCAUCAUCGACUCGCCAUGAGCCGUCGGCCCAGCAUCAGCCACACCCCGAGUCACCACAGCCUGUCAAGUACUACGAACUCUCUCCAGGGCUCAAUUCCUGACAUUCCUUCCCCGCCACCCGAGCUUACCAGUCAGCCUACUUCACCGAUGACAAGACACUUAACGCCCGCUACCUCCCCCAGGAGUCCACCAGCGGUAUCGCACAACAUGGCAUUUGGGACGAUACGAGGUUCGACGACGGCUAGCAGACGAUUAGGUGGCAAUGUCCGGAGCGACAGAGGCAGUGAGAUUGGGAGCACCCCUUCCAGCUUCAGUGACCUGAGUGAUGCAAGUCUGUCUUCCGCAAUGGAAAGUUCGUUGAUGUCAAACAUCCGGGGACAGAGCCCACGGGUAUCCUCGUUCACACGAAGCAACCUCGGUUCCCGCAGGCCCAGUGCCAGAUGACACUGCACUGGCCUUUUAAAUCUUUUUACACGUCGUUACGACGUUGUGUUUUCUCAUUUGUCACGCGGGGGUUGAUGUAUAUCGGACUGGAUUUAGCUCGCAGAUCUUAGAUGCGCCUUACCCAAGGCGCAGCUUUUGCUCAGCUUCGGCUAUCUUGUACCUGCUUUCUCGUCUGUUCUAGUACUUUCUCUGUCAUACCGCGCGUUAUGCAUCAUUCAGAGUACACGCAAGCUGUGAGG